CGUGGCUCACACAGCGACACAGGAAGCAGAGCGGCCGGGCGGCUAGCAGCACAGCUCCAAUAAAACCAUGAAUAUACGACACACAUAACUUGAACUAAUUAACUUACGGUUGAUGCUGCGCGACUCAGUGAAGACACGAGUGUUACCAACAUGGCUAAAGUUGUCAGUGUCGUUAUUUUAUCGGUUAUUUUCUUGGCAUCGAAGAUAAAUUGCCAAGAGGCAGUGCUGCACAUUUCAAAUGUUUCAAAUGGAACUGCGAGUAUGGAGUAUUGCAUUGUCCAUAAUCGCUCCUGGACCCCCCUGUCAGAAACUCUUGACGCUGCAGUGCAGUAUCCCCUGGUGAAUGAGACAUCCACUUUGCUGUGUGAUCCCUCAGGGGUCAGCCCAGAGGUGGUAAGGGGCAAGGCAUUGGUGGUGAUGAGAGGGGACUGUCAAUUCAGCCAGAAAGCUGUGGUUGCUCAGGGACUUGGGGCUGCAGCUUUACUCAUUGCCAGCACUGACACUUUGGUCACUCCAUCAGCCAAUACCUCAGAGUAUGGAAAGGUCCACAUCCCUGUGGCUAUGAUGAGGUACAGGGACUUCCUCAGUGCACAGCAGUUGUUUGGUGAGGGGAUGCAAGCACAGCUGUACGCUCCAGUACCCCUCAAGGUUGAUCCAAGCAUCGUGGUCAUGCUCCUCAUUGCCAUUUCUACGGUUGCCUUGGGAGGCCUCUGGAGUGGAUCAUGUGAGAGAGAUUAUUGGAGCACUGGUGCAGCAGGAGGAGGAGGAGGAAGGGCUGAAGGCAAAGCAGACAGCGGAGACAUUUCCCUUUACUCUCCUCUCAAAGUGGUGAUCUUUGUAGCACUCAUAUCUGGGAUGCUUGUCCUCAUGUACUUCUUCUACAAUAUCCUUGUGUACAUCAUCAUUGCCAUAUUCUGCAUAGCAUCUGCCACAGCACUGUUUAGCUGUUUAGAUGCAGUGAUGGACAAGAUGGGCUGUUACCCAGGGAGUUUCUCUAUCCGAAGUUGGAACCUCUCCGUGAGGUCUCUCAUACUGGCUGCUUUCUGCAUUACCAUAGCUGUGGUUUGGGGUGUUUACAGGAAUGAAGACAGAUGGAUCUGGAUCUUACAGGACCUUCUCGGCAUUGCUUUCUGCCUCAACUUCAUGAAGACCAUUUCACUGUCCAAUUUCAAGAUCUGUGUGAUUCUUCUGAGCCUCCUGCUUCUGUAUGAUGUCUUCUUUGUUUUCAUCACUCCUUUCUUCACCAAGGAUGGAGAGAGCAUCAUGGUGCAGGUUGCCUUGGGCCCUGGUGCAUCUGGAGAAAAGACGCAAGGUAACAUGGUGGCGGUCCCUGCUGAACCCCAGGCUUCCUCUGAGAAACUGCCAGUCGUGAUGCGCGUCCCACGGUUCUCAGCCUGGGCUCAGAACCUGUGUGGGAUGCAGUUCUCCAUUCUGGGUUAUGGAGACAUCAUUGUGCCAGGUCUGCUAGUGGCGUACUGCAGCAAGUUUGAUGUCUGGGUCAACAGCUCAAAGAUCUAUUUCGUCAGCUGCUGCAUAGCCUACCUGCUGGGGAUGAUUGUGACAUUUGCAGUGAUGCUGUUGACAGGGAUGGGUCAGCCUGCCCUCCUCUACCUGGUGCCCUUCACCCUGAUAACCUCCGCCCUUGUGGCUGUGCGCCGGGGGGAGAUGAAGCAUUUCUGGGCAGGAACGACUUAUGAGGUCUUGGACUCCAGGAAGCCUUUGUUACCAGAGAGAAGAGCUGACUGCUCCGUAGCAGGAGAAAGAUGCUGAGUCACACUGAUGAUCAAAGAGCCAACUGCUGGAGUUUUUUUUAAAAAAAAAUAAAUAACUGAAUAAGAACAUUUGCUAAACAAGGAGAUGUACUUUUUUUGAUCAACAAAGACUUUAAGACCACUAUGGGUUGAUUUUGACUGAGUGGGUUAAAUGGUCUGUGUUUCAGUAGUUGUAAAAAAUUAUGUGCUGAUGAAACGGUUGCUUUAAUAAUAUGAAAGGCUUGUUUGUGCCUGAAAGUGCAGGGUGUACAUUUUGGUUCAGGUUCGGAAAGUUGUAAUUUUUUUGCCUAUACAUGAUGCCUUGGUGAUGAUCGCAUACAACAAAAUGAGAAAGCACUUUACAAUACUUAGCUUGGCAGUUGUUUCAUGUGUGGGGUGGGGUAUCAGUGACUUGUAGCCAGAGUAUAACUUUUUAAUAACUUUUUUGGGGAUUUCUGGCUAACCUAUUUGUAUAAUUGAUUCAUGUGAUUUCUUUCAUUGCCUUAUAUUAAAAACAACUUAUUUCGGUUU